AUGGCGCUUCGCUCGCCGGAGCUGCGCUUCGCCGCCACCACCGGGCUCGGCGCCCUCUCCCGGCCCAGUCGUCUCGUGCCCUCCCCCCUCGCCGCGCUUGCUUCCCCGCGCCGACGCCGCCGCGGCCCGUCUCCGUCCCCUUCGCCCUCGCCCUCCGACUCCACCCCCUCCACCGCCUCCGCCGGCGACGCGGAGGGGCCGGAGUGGAAGAAGGUCAGCGCGAAGCGGUUCGGGUUCAAGGAGUCCAUGAUCCCCGACGAGGCCUGGAACGUCCUCCACCGCCUCCGCAGCAGAGGAUAUGAUGUAUACCUGGUCGGUGGUUGUGUUCGAGAUCUCAUAAUGAAGAAAAUCCCAAAAGAUUUCGACAUAAUAACGACAGCUGAUCUUAGGCAGGUGAAGGACACCUUUUCAGGAUCAGCUGUUAUAGUAGGAAGGCGUUUUCCCAUAGUUCAUGUACAUGACAAGAAUUCUAUUGUUGAGGUGUCGAGUUUUAAUACUUAUGCUCGAGGAUCAAGUGGCAAUCAAAUGCACACUUCAAAGAGCCCACAUUGUAGCAAGAAUGAUUAUAUUCGCUGGAAAAACUGUCAAGGGAGGGACUUCACUAUAAAUGGAUUAAUGUUCAAUCCGUAUUCAGAAAAGAUCUACGACUACUUGGGAGGCAUCGAAGAUAUUAAGAAAGCUAAGGUCCGUACUGUUAUUCCUGCUGGCACUUCAUUCCACGAGGAUUGUGCUCGUAUUCUACGUGCAAUCAGAAUUGCAGCUCGAUUAGGGUUCAGCUUUCCCAAAGAAACAGCUUAUUAUGUGAGAACUCUUGCCUGCUCUGUGGCAAGACUUGACAAGGGAAGAUUACUCAUGGAGGUUAAUUAUAUGCUUGCUUAUGGUUCAGCUGAAGCUUCUUUAAGGUUGCUUUGGAGAUUUGGCCUUCUUGAACAUUUAUUGCCCUUUCAGGCAGCAUAUUUUUCUUCAACUCGUUUUAAGAGGAAGGAUGAUGGGACCAACAUGUUACUGGUCCUAUUUUCUAAGCUGGAUAGUUUUCUUGCACCUAACAGGCCAUGCCAUAAUAGUUUAUGGAUAAGUAUUUUAGCAUUUCAUGAGGCAUUGGCACGGGAACCACGGGAUCCUUUGGUGGUGGCUACUUUUGCACUAGCUGUGUACCUUGGAGGUGAUCUGCCAUUGGCAGUGGAUAUUGGACAAUCAAUCAACCGUCAACAUGAUGCUGGUUUUCCAGAGCUCUUGGAACCACAGGUGUGGAGCAAUAAACAGUUGGUAGCUGAGGUCAAAGGCCUCGCCACUUCAAUGAGACAGGCACUAACUGAAAUGACCGAUGAGUAUUUUGUUGCAAAUGCUAUGGCGAAAAUCCCACAAGCACCAUCUUCAGAUCUUGUAUUUAUCCCACUACAAGCGUACCUGAAGGUUCUCAAAUUAAUUGAGCGCGUUCAGCAUGGAAAAAAGGAGCAUGGUUAUGAACCAAAAAGUGAUGGAAAUAUCGAUUAUCAAAAUUUAUAUCAGGGUUCUUCCGCUGAAAUAAGAAAUCUCUUCACACUGGUUGUCUUUGAUACGAUAUACCCCCCGAACCUGGAGAAAGAAGAUGGCAGCUUUUGAAGAUGAGACUUCGUGGACAGGAUAAACAAUUCAGGGCCUCAUAAGGGACUUGUGCUGCCUGCAGCUUAUGUUCUGAACCUUAGGAUGGCUUGCUUCAGAUGAGCUUCUGGAGCUUUUCAAGGUUGAGCCGGUCUAUCAAGUCAUGACAGAACAGCAGAUCUUAUUGCCGCGUCUGAUAAGGAUAAUCUCAGCUUCCAUGGUCAUGGAAGCUGUGUUAAUCAAUCGCCAUAUGGUGCACACAUUGCUGCCACAUGGCAAAGGCGCAGCCUUUUCUGGGCGUGUCUCUUUCUUCCCAGAUUAUCCCGAGUCAACAUUUAUUUGUGAACUGUUUGAAAUGCUGUUUAAUUAUUAUUCAUCUAAUUUCAACUGAUUUUCUGAAAUGUAUUUUAUCCCGAAGGGGAGUUGGUGCAAAAGCUUUGUGCUCUUGGUUUC